GAAUUGUAAACAUGGCUAAUGUAUUUACGCACAGAGGCGUAUUACGAUUGUAAAUUUGACGAUUUCUUGUGGCCACAGGCGCCUUUUUUUAUCUUGUUGCAUGGUUUUUACAUAUCAUUUGUAUAAAGAUGAAUAUAGGAUUGUUAAACCCGCACGGUAAUGGUUUAUUGUAUGCAGGAUGGAACCAAGACCAAGGUUGCUUUGCGUGUGGUAUGGAAAAUGGCUUCCGUGUAUACAACUGUGAUCCCCUGAAGGAGAAAGAGAGACAAGACUUUGCGGAGGGUGGAAUUGGUUACGUCGAGAUGUUGUUUCGGUGCAACUACCUUGCUGUAGUUGGGGGUGGCAAAAAUCCUAGAUAUCCCCCUAACAAAGUGAUGGUAUGGGAUGAUCUGAAGAAGAAACAUGUCAUAGAGCUUGAGUUCUCUAGUGCCGUGAAAGCUGUGAAGCUGCGACGAGACAGAAUCGUAGUGGUGCUGGAAAACGUCAUAAAAGUCUACACAUUUACCCAGAAUCCUCAACAACUGCAUGUCUUUGAAACUGCUCCUAACAUACAAGGCCUGUGCGUACUUUGUCCAAACAGUAACAAUUCUCUGUUAGCAUUCCCUGCUCGGAAAACAGGCCAUGUGCAGAUUGUUGACCUGGCUAACACAGAAAAGCCACCGCUAGACAUAGCGGGCCACGAAGCAGCACUCAGUUGCAUUGCGCUUAACCUGCAAGGAACAAAACUAGCCACUGCCUCAGAAAAGGGAACGUUAAUAAGAGUGUUUGACACGAGUAGUGGCGCCAAGCUGCAUGAACUACGGCGAGGCGCCAACACAGCUCACAUAUACUGCAUAAACUUCAACCAUGACUCUUCUCUACUGUGUGUAUCCAGUGACCAUGGCACAGUGCACAUUUUUGCAGUGGAGGAUGCCAAGAAAAACAAACAGUCAAGUUUGGCGUCGGCGUCUUUUCUUCCCAAGUACUUCAGCUCCAGGUGGAGCUUCUGCCGGUUCCAGGUGCCAAGCGGCUCACAGUGCAUCUGUGCGUUCGGUUCGGAUCCAACUGCUGUGAUAGUGAUCUGCGCAGACGGAAGUUACUACAAGUUUCUGUUCAACGCGAAAGGCGAGUGCUCACGUGACGUCUACGCCCAAUUUCUGGAGAUGACAGACGACAGGAUGUAGAUUCUCUUAGGGGGAAACAAACGUGGAUACUAAUAGAUAUCUAGAUCUAAGAUAUCCCAUGUGUCUAAAUCUCUAAAUCUAAGAUAUGCCAGGUGUCUAAAUCUCUAGAUCUAAAAUAUCCCAGGUAUCUAAAUCUCUAGAUCUAAAAUAUCCCAGGUGUCUAUAUCUCUAGAUCUAAGAUAUGCCAGGUAUCUAAAUGGCUAGAUCUAAAAUAUCCCAGGUGUCUGUAUAUCUAGAUCUAAGAUAUCCCAGAUGUCUGUAUCUCUAGAUCUAAGAUAUCCCAGAUGUCUAUAUCUCUAGAUCUAAGAUAUCCCAGGUGUUUGUAUCUCUAGAUCUAAGAUAUCCCAGAUGUCUGUAUCUCUAGUUCUAAGAUAUCCCAGGUGUUUAAAUUUCUAGAUCUAAGAUGCCCCAAAUAUAUCUAAAUUUCGAGAUCUAAGAUAUUCCAGAUGUCUAUAUCCGUAUAUGUGUAAGAUAUCCCAGAUGUCUAUAUCCGUAUAUUUAAAAGAUAUCCCAGAUGUCGGAAUCUGUAUAUUUACGAUUUCCUUGAUGUGUAAAUUCAUACAUAGAUCUAAGGUAUUCGAGGUGUGUAAAUUCAUGGAUAUAAGAUGUCAGAAAUCUCUAAAUCCGUAGAUCUAAUAUGUCAGAAACAUCUAAAUCUGUAGAUCAAAGAACGUAUUCAGACGAUUUCCAAUAUCUGGUAUGUCUCAAUCAGUAGCAUAUGAAAGAUGUGAGUGCAUUCAGGGUUCCGGUGUUUCACCUGUCUGCCAGUGAAGUAUGUAAAGUAUGAGAUCAUGGGCUCAGCUCGGCAAAGCUGCGAUGAUUGUGCAAAUGAUCAAUUAGGGCAACUGCUCUCUCUACUGCCUGCUGUUAGUGUGCAUUCUUCUUAGCAUUGUCUGUACAAGUAAAGAGUUGCAUAUAAAAAUGUUUUAUGGCACGAGAACAA